AGUUAACGAGCCAGAGGGAUAACGCUGGGGGCUGAGAAUAGGGAGCGUGCAGUUUUAUUCUUGCCCCGGCAAUUAUGCGCUACGCAUGUGGCCACAGCGUUUAACUCUUGGUACCCUCAGUUUUUCUGCUUGACAAAUAGUGACUCACGCGUUCUGCACGGGGAGCCAGUGCAGCGCUAGAAUUUCUGCUUGCGAAAUCGGCUUAAAUCUUUUGGAGAGAAGCGUUAAUGGUUGCAGGGCUGCCUGCUGUUUCCCGGGGAGAUCAUGAAACGACAUCGGCUUCCUAGCAGCAGUGAGGACUCUGACGACAAUGGCAGUCUGUCUACCUGGUCCCAGCAUUCCAGAUCUCAACGUCGCAGGACUUCAUGUUCCAGAGAUGAGGACCGGAAACCUUCUGAGGUGUUCAGAACGGACCUGAUCACUGCCAUGAAGUUACAUGACUCCUUCCAGCUGAACCCUGAUGAAUACUAUGUGCUGGCAGAUCCAUGGAGGCAGGAGUGGGAAAAGGGAGUUCAGGUGCCAGUUAGCCCAGGGACCAUCCCAGAACCAGUAGCCAGAGUGGUGUCCGAGACAAAAGCAGUCACCUUCACGCGGCCCAGGAAAUUCAUCGUGUCCUCGGGCGCGGAGCCGCCGGAGCUGGGCUACGUGGACAUCCGAACCCUGGCAGACAGCAUGUGCCGCUACGACCUCAACGAUGUGGACGUGGCAUGGCUGCAACUUGCCAAUGAAGAAUUCAAAGAAAUGGGGAUGCUGGAGCUGGAUGAGUACACCAUGGAAAGGGUGAUGGAGGAGUUUGAGCAGCGCUGCUACGAUAACAUGAACCACGCCAUCGAGACGGAGGAAGGGCUAGGGAUUGAAUACGAUGAAGAUGUUGUCUGUGACGUCUGUCAGUCUCCAGACGGAGAGGAUGGCAAUGAAAUGGUGUUCUGUGACAAAUGCAAUAUUUGUGUGCACCAGGCGUGCUAUGGGAUCCUGAAGGUGCCCGAGGGCAGCUGGCUGUGCCGGACCUGCGCACUGGGCGUCCGGCCCAAGUGUCUGCUGUGCCCCAAGAAGGGCGGCGCCAUGAAGCCCACCCGGAGCGGCACCAAGUGGGUGCACGUCAGCUGUGCUCUCUGGAUUCCAGAGGUGAGCAUUGGAAGCCCUGAAAAAAUGGAGCCCAUCACAAAAGUUUCCCACAUUCCCAGCAGUAGGUGGGCACUGGUGUGCAGCCUUUGUAAUGAAAAAGUUGGAGCUUCUAUACAGUGCUCAGUGAAAAACUGCAGAACAGCCUUUCAUGUCACCUGUGCGUUUGACCGCGGCUUGGAGAUGAAGACCAUCUUGGCAGAGAACGACGAGGUGAAGUUCAAGUCCUACUGUCCCAAGCACAGCUCCACCAAGAAAGCGGAUGCUGAGACUUUGAGUGAAAGCCCAGAUCAGGAGAACAGGAACGGGAUUCAGGACACCUCCCUUCCUGCCCACAUGGACCCUUUCCACACCAUGGAUCAAAACCAGGAUGAGGCCCACAGGGUCAGCCUCCGCAAGCAGAAGCUCCAGCAGCUGGAGGACGAGUUCUACACAUUUGUUGAGUCUUUGGAAGUGGCCAAAGUGCUGCGGCUGCCUGAGGAAUCGGUGGAAUUCCUUUACCAGUACUGGAAACUGAAGAGGAAAUCCAAUUUCAAUAAGCCUUUGAUUACCCCAAAGAAGGAUGAGGAGGACAAUCUGGCUAAACGGGAGCAGGAUGUUCUGUUCAGGAGGCUGCAGCUCUUCACACACCUCCGGCAGGACCUGGAGCGGGUGCGUAACCUCACUUACAUGGUGACGCGGAGAGAAAAAAUCAAGAGAUCUGUUUGCAAAGUUCAGGAACAGAUAUUCAACAGCUACACAAAGCAGUUGGAACAAGAAAGAGUUUCAGGUGUGCCUUCUUCAUUCUCUUCCAUGGAAAACACGGUGCUGUUCAACAGCCCGUCUCUGGGCCCCAAUGCCCCCAAGAUUGAGGACCUGAAAUGGCAUUCUGCGUUCUUCAGGAAGCAGAUGGGCACAUCUCUGGCCCACUCCUUGAAAAAACCCCACAAGAGAGACAGGGUAAGAGACAGGUCUGGGAACGACAGCAAAUCCCUGCUGAGGCAGCCCAGCCCAAGGGAAGGAGGCGCAGCUCCAGGCAGCUUUUUAAAUUUUGACAAGCCCUUUGCUGAGACGCGGAUUGUAUCGGCGCAGCAGAAAAACGGCGCCGUUCUACCAGAGCACAGGAAGAGAAGAGACAAUCGCCCGCAGUGCGAGGUGGUGAAAGCAGAGCUGAAGGAAAAGACUUCUAAACACAACCACAAACCGCUGAGACCCACGGAACUCUCUCAGAGGCAACUGGAAAACAAAAGGGCUGUGAACCACUCCGGUGGUAGGUCAGCGCCUGGCACUCGGAGGGAUAUAGUGCCUAAAUGUAACGGGGGUCUGGGCAAAGUAAACUCUAAUCAGACAGUAGUUAAAGUGCCUACCACGCCCACGAGCCCCGGGAAAAACUGGGGCGGAUUCCGAAUUCCAAAGAAGGGGGAGAGGCAGCAGCAGGGGGAGAGUGUGGAGGAGGCCUGCCGCCAGAACUCUGGCUACCCCUACCUGGGUGUGGGCAGAGUUCCAGCCAAGGACAGGACGAAAAGCAAGUUAAAGCCUGACAGUGAGAACGAUGGCUACGUCCCCGACGCCGAAAUGAGCGACUCGGAGACGGAAGUGGCUGAGAAGAAGUGCAGGCAGCAGAGGCUCAGUCCCAGCAGCAGCAUUGGCAGGAGGACGGACAUUAUUCGGAGGAGCAUCCUGGCGACCUGACCGGAUACAGGGAUGGGGGCACUAGAGUCACUGCCUACAAGCCAACGCCACCGUGGUGUGACAGAGGAGCAUUCUUGGAGCUACAGGCUGACAAACUGAAAGCCCAUUUUUUCUGAGUUGUACAAGUAUGUUUACAUGCACUUAAAGCUGUUUUAAGCUCUUUGGUUUUGUUUUUUUUUUUCCUCUGCCCCAUCCACACCCCCUCACCCUCCCCAUUUCUGUGAGAAGUUUGAAUCUCCCUUAUUUGCAACUUUUUUGAGUAAGCAGAAAAAUGACAUCACUACUAAAACAGGAGUUGGGAUGCACACAACUCACAAAAAUCUUUUAAAAGGGGCUGGGGAGGGUAGGAGGAAUCAGGCUGUAUUCAUCCCUUCUAGCUAAAAGGCACUGAAGCUUUUACUCCCUUCCCCUGACUUCUGGAAAAGCACAAGCUCUUAAUUUAACUCGUGUGUAUUGAAUGGAAGAUGGUUGUUAGACCAUACUGCACUGCACUGGUAAGUCCCAUUAGAAAUGCUCCCCAUCCCUGGGCAGGGGAAGCUCUUUCUCCUCUCUUUGCAGAAUGUGUUCUGUUGUGUUCAGUUUGAGCACAGGUGGCAGCUCAAACCCCUCCCUAUGCUCCAGAGUUUACAUGUAAAUGAUGACCAGGCACAGCCAGGAUGUUGCACUGGAGGAGGAGGAAGGGACAAGGCAGGGCUUGAAAGAUCGGGACUGACACAAAGGAUGUUCCCAAAUGGCUCAGUUCUGAGCAAAGGGCAGGUUUGGGGGUUUCAGCACUCCGUGGAAUAACCUGUCACCCAUAGUCAGGCACCUGCCUUCGGGAGUGUGAUGACAAUUCCAGACAGAAGUUUUCUAUGGCACUAGGCAGGAGGGUUUACCGAAGGCCACCACAGAUGCACUAAUGAUAUGUACUGGGAGAGUCAGGCUUAUGACACUAAAAGGUUGCUUUAAAAAUGGACACGAAUAUAUAUUUUUAAAUAGGGUAAAACACAAAGGCAAUACAUUGUGAUUAGCUCUUUACAGUCAAGCAAAGAAAAAACUAUUUCGUUCUAUUAUGGAUUAGAUUUGAUGGAAAAGGGAACUUGUAUUCUGACUGUGUACUUUUUUAAUAAAUGCAAGUGGCAAUAAUGAGUAAGCUGUGAGCAAUAAUAUGAACAGGUUGUGAGGAUACUGUUUUGUACUGAGUAGAGUGUACACAUCGCAGUGGAGCAUUAGGAGCCUGUACAUUUUGGAAUUUUUCAUAGAUGUAGGAGAGGUAUGUACUGGAGAAGAAGUUGUAGCAGUGAUGCGUUAACAGAGAGACAGGCAUAAAGAACCUCCUUCUCCUCCCCUUUCCCACUCCCAGCCUGCUGUUAUGGCAUCCACUCACCUUGGAAUGCCUGACCCUUGCCUCCCGAGGAGGGAACACUGACAACACAGAAUUCCUCUGCCACAGGACUGAGGAUUCAAUCAGAAAAUAAAAAAGGCUUAACACCCUAUCUUGCUAUGCAAGUUAACAUUAGCAAUUAAAUAUUUCACCAGAAUGCAUCCCUGUUUUAAAACUCAGAAGUCUUAACCUUUUGAGGAAGGGGAAUUUUAUGUAAGAUGAUACACUUUCAAAAUCCUGUUGCUGGUCCCAAGAAGUCCCAAGAAUAAUAUAUGAUGUACAGAGGUGAUAGUCAGGUAGGGCAUUGGUGACUGAGGUUACACAGUCACUCUUGGGAUGUCUUCAGAGUAUAAUCAGAACACAGAGAAAAGGCCAAUAAGUUCUACUCAACAUCCAGCACCAUUCUCCAGACAGACACUGGUAUUUUCUGUAAGAAAGAAGCUCAUGACCACACAGGAAUUGUCAAGCCAUAGAUGGAAUACCCUAAAUUUGGAUUAUGAGUAAACCUUUAACCCCACACCCUUUGGACAGAGGUACCUUGUUAAUUUGCACUAUAUCAUGAACACUUAUGUUGUGCAGAGUGAAUGCCUUAGCUGCUUUGUCCCCUGGCACUGAGGGCAGAAAGCUUUGUGAGGUUUCCAGUGGAGCUGACCCCAAACCAAAAAAGGCUGUGGUACGACCAGCUCUGUAGGUUAGUUUUGUCCGUGUGCUUAGCCCUCAGCAGGAGGUGUUGCAGGUACUGCCGUGACAAACCCACCCCCCGUGUUUUACUGGGAUUUGCUGGAUUUCUGUUUCAAAGCGUGACCUUUCCUUGUGCUGACUGACCAAGAGAUCUUUGAUAUGAUCCGUGUGUUCUGUCCAACCGUAGGCUAGCUGAACGUCUGUAGAGUUUCCUGGAAUGCCAUUUGUUAGGUUAUAAACUCACACAGAUCUAAAUGAAGGGUUCAUGUCGUGUACAAAUCUUGAUUUCAGAAGUUUGAGACAAUUGUGAUGACAUUUGUAAAACUUGUACAGAUUUUUCACUAUGUGCCUAGCUUUGGUGUCCAUUCAGCUGAAAUUAAUUAAAAAAAAGGUGCAUGAAGAGAAACAGAAAUAAAAAAGGAUAUGUAGAGAUGACUAUUUUAUAUUACAUGGCCCAAUCCUGUAUUUAUUUUCUCCCUUUUUUGAAGUAUUUCUAAAGACCUAGUUGAAACACCUGUAUUUUUUGUUAAAAUAUUCCGUAGAAUUGUGCCUUUUGUCUGUAUGUGAAUAAAUGCUGUACAUUUUUGCAGUAUGCUUGCCAGCAGUGGCUUAGACCCCCCUGUAUUUUGUAUUUGGUUUCUUACAAAAACACUUCACUGCAAUGGUCUGAACAGCUUUCAUGGAUUAGUACAGGUAUCACCAUUCACACUGCAGCUGCAAGAUUCUGUAAAUUUUUAAGGUGUUUUUUCAGGACUGCUUUGUUACUGACAGCUGUGCCCAUCCCAUCAACAGCACACUGUGUGGUUUUGCCCUUGGUAUCCUCACAGAGAUGUUGCUUGCCUCAAACCAUUUACAUUUGUAGAUAGAGGAUGUCCUUGCAAAAGAUGUCUGUAUGUGUCCCACUGGAAAAGGAACAUGAGGUUUGAACCUGUGGAUCUUUGGGAUAAUCAGGCUGAAAGUUCAUUCACACUCUGAACUGGCUGGGAUCAUUAAUUACUGAGAGAACACUUUCUUGUAUAGUGGGAUUUCCAGGAGAUAAGGAUUCCUCUAAACUCCAGAUACAGAAAUACAGAAUGGACUUGGUGCUGAGCAAGAAAAAGCAAGGCAAGGCUGUGAAAGGACACCCUGAGCAAUCCAUCUUGGGGAAAAAAAAAAGACCUCCUAAUUUGGGAGCAGCCUCCUCUAGCCACCUCAGGGAAAUGAAAGGAGGUGGUGGGUGUAUGAUGAGCUCCUUGUCACCACAUUCCUGUUCAUGGUGCUACAAGGCAGACCAGGACAGAAACCUUUUCCUUUCCUGUGUCAUCUGCUGGAGUUGCUCUCCUGCCCCUUCCCUUCACCAUGAGGUGCUUGUGUCAAUCCCUGCAGCUCCUGUUCUGGCAAACAGCCACCACAUAGGAGUUGCACCCCAAGGUGAAAUGAAUAUACUCAUAAUUAACAGGGAAGCAUGCAGGUGCCCUGUGCUUCCAGGAACAAAUACCCAAAUCCUGAGAAGUGCCUGCCCCUUCCACAGCCAGGUUUCACUUCACAGCCAGAGCCUGCCUUUGAAGAGUGAAGGGGAUUAAUGGUUCACACAAAAUCUUCCAGGUGGCCUGUCAUAAUCUCAGCUGUGCAUUAUGCAAAUGGAAACAAGGUGCCUGGUACUUGCCUGCCUCUGUAUCACUCUGCUGAUUGAUGAAAAUCUCACCCAAACAGCUGCUUGGAGCUUCUGAAAAAUGUAUCCAUGUUGUUUUGGAGAAUCUUCAACAUCUUUUAACCAAAACUGAGAUUUAGAGAUUGCAGUGGAUACAGGCAUCUAUCAAAAAGAAAAAGCAACAACUGUAGGAACUAGUGGCUUUCACUGCAGGAAGCAGGAGUUGUUUCUAAGGGUGUAUCCAUCUUGCAGGCUCUACCUAAACAGCCAAGAUUUCAGGAGGCAGCCCAAAGUCUUGCUUCCACAGGGGGAUCAGCCCGGCUCCAUCCUCUAAAAUGCAAAUAUGGUGAAGAUCCACUGCCAUGGACACACAGGUUUAUUAAUCCAAAUGAGACACUUCCAUCAAGCACUGGGCAAGCACUACCCAGCAGCUGAAUGAGAGGUUAGAAACCAGAACUGCACUCUUCACAUUUAAGUGGAAGGACAAGCAAUUAUGUAAGUUAAGGCCAAGAUGUGAACACUUCAAAAAUCAGUUAAACACCUACUGAAUGCCUGUAAUAUACGCAAAAAGAGAAAAUGGAGUUUGGCUGUAAUUGUAUAAUGAUAGCCAUGACAUAUCUCAACUACCAAAAAAACCCCAUAUACAUGAGGAUUCCCACAUCUUGGCAUCUUUACAACUGAAACCCACUAUUUCAAAAGGUAUAAAGGCUGGAUGACUUCACUUUUGUGCAAAUUGAAGUAAGAGAAUAGAAGUCCCCAGAUACAUCCAAGCCAAGGGAGCAGACCAACAGAAAAGCAAGGAAUUGUAAAAUAACUAAGAAAUUAUUUUAUUAAGAAGAAAUAUUAAGAAGAAUAUUAAGAAUUAAAAGCACAGCUGCAGGAAGAUUACAGAGCUUAGGAAUAAACUGAGUAAUCACAGCAGCAUUUUCAUUAUUACCUGCACCUUAGGGGCAUCAAACCAAACCAAACUGAAUUCUUCACGCUGGAAGGCAACAGAGGCAUUGUGCAGCUCAAACACUGACCAUCAAAAGAGCAACUCUUUGGCACUCAUGCUGUAAUGAGUCUAAUUGUAAUUCACAAAGGAUCUUCAAAUUGUUCCCAAGUUACCUGCACCAUAAGGAAAAAUUAAAGAUACUGGCUGCACAUGAGCACAGCCAAGAUGAAUUUCAAGUGUUACCUGCUCCCUGUACACAAUCUCAUUACAGUUGGAGCUACCAGAUUUUAGACCAAAAAAACACGAAUGUGCCACAGUACUGUGUCAGAUUUUUUCAUCUGCUACAUUAAAGGACUUGAAUGACAA